AUGACGGUGCAGAGUGUGUGUGUGUACUGUGGUUCGUCUGCUGGGAACAAUGAGCUGUUUGGGCAGGAGGCUGCGAAGCUCGGUGCGUUGCUGUACCAGCUAGGGUGGAAGCUGGUGUACGGUGGCGGGACCACUGGGUUGAUGGGGUCUGUUGCGAGCGCAGCGAUGGGUGUGAGGAGGGACGGGAGGGUCCAUGGGAUUAUCCCUGAUGCUCUGGUGGAGAAGGAGAGGGAACCCUGUAGCGACGACGACGGGUUAAACGAACAGCUGUCGAUGACGGUGGAUAACCACAAGGGGUCGACGCCGCUGUCGCGGGCGUGUGGAGAGACGACCGUUGUGUCUGAUAUGCACACGCGGAAGAGGAUGAUGGCGAAGGAGAGCGACGCGUUCGUCGCUAUGCCCGGCGGGUACGGCACUUUCGAGGAGAUCAUGGAGUGCAUCACAUGGUCGCAGCUGGGGAUUCACAACAAGCCAAUCGUGCUGUUCAACAUCGACGGGUUUUACGACUCGUUGCUUGCAUUCAUCAGGAAUUCAAUCGAUAACGGGUUCAUCAGCGAGAGCAACGGGAAGAUCGUACAAGUCGCUGACACGGCACAGGGAGUCAUCGACAAAAUUGUGCAGUACAACGCCCCAGAGGGCAGAUUCAACCUCAACUGGGCCGACGAAUGCGAGGACCCAAGGCAUUAA